AUGAACGCAGUCAAGACCCGAGCUUCGGAGGCUGCAGUUGCUGAGGGGAUGCGGCUGUCGCCCGGCGGGACCCCGCGUUUAAGGCGGCGGGGGUGGCCCGCCGAGUGGCCAGCAGCCGGGGCGCUGCAGUGCUUACUCCCCUCAGCCCCUCUGCGCCCCCAUCUUGUCUCGACUCCCGGUCCGUCCUCGGGCUGGCUGCGGCGGCAGCGUUGGGCUGCACUGUUGGUGCUCGGGCUGCUGGUUGCCGGAGCUGCGGACGGAUGCGAGUUGGUGUCGAAGCAAUUCCGCGGGCGGCGGGCUGAAGGCGCGGCCGCCGCCUCCUCUCCCGCGCCUGCAGCGGGCGACAGCCCGGCGCUCAUGACAGAUCCUUGCGUGUCACUGAGUCCACCGUGCUUCACAGAAGAAGAUAGGUAUAGUCUGGAAGCUCUUCAAACAAUCCAUAAACAAAUGGAUGACGACAAAGAUGGCGGCAUCGAAGUUGAUGAAAGUGAUGAAUUUAUCCGAGAAGAUAUGAAAUAUAAAGAUGCUUCUAAUAAACACAACCAUCUGCACAGAGAAGAUAAACACAUAACUGUUGAGGAUUUAUGGAAACGAUGGAAAACAUCAGAAGUUCAUAAUUGGACUCUGGAGGACACUCUUCAGUGGUUGAUAGAGUUUGUUGAACUACCCCAAUAUGAAAAGAAUUUUAGAGAUCAUAAUGUGAAAGGGACGACACUUCCCAGGAUAGCAGUGCAUGAACCAUCAUUUAUGAGCUCUCAGCUGAAAAUCAGUGACCGGAGUCACAGACAGAAACUUCAACUCAAGGCGCUGGAUGUGGUUUUGUUUGGACCUCUAACACGCCCACCUCCUAACUGGAUGAAGGAUUUUAUCCUCACAGUUUCUAUAGUAAUUGGUGUUGGAGGGUGCUGGUUUGCUUAUACACAGAAUAAGACAUCAAAAGAACACGUGGCAAAAAUGAUGAAAGACUUAGAGAGUCUGCAAACUGCAGAGCAGAGUCUAAUGGACCUACAAGAAAGGCUUGAAAAGGCACAGGAAGAAAACAGAAAUGUUGCCGUAGAAAAGCAAAAUCUAGAGCGCAAAAUGAUGGAUGAGAUCAAUUACGCCAAAGAGGAGGCCUGCAGGCUGAGAGAGCUGAGGGAGGGAGCUGAAUGUGAACUGAGCAGACGCCAGUACGCAGAGCAGGAAUUGGAACAGGUUCGCAUGGCUCUGAAAAAAGCUGAGAAAGAAUUUGAACUCAGAAGCAGUUGGUCUGUUCCAGAUGCACUUCAAAAAUGGCUUCAACUAACACAUGAAGUGGAAGUACAGUACUACAAUAUUAAAAGGCAGAAUGCAGAAAUGCAGUUAGCUAUUGCUAAGGAUGAGGCUGAGAAAAUUAAAAAGAAGAGAAGCACCGUCUUUGGGACCCUGCAUGUCGCACAUAGUUCCUCCCUAGAUGAGGUGGACCACAAAAUUCUGGAAGCAAAGAAAGCGCUCUCCGAAUUGACAACUUGUUUACGAGAACGACUUUUUCGCUGGCAGCAGAUUGAGAAGAUCUGUGGAUUCCAGAUAGCCCACAACUCGGGGCUCCCCAGCCUGACCUCUUCCCUUUACUCUGAUCACAGCUGGGUGGUGAUGCCCAGGGUCUCCAUUCCACCCUACCCAAUUGCUGGAGGAGUUGAUGACUUAGACGAAGAUACACCCCCAAUAGUGUCACAGUUUCCCGGGACCAUGGUGAAGCCUGCUGGAUCCUUAGCCAGAAGCAGCAGCUUGUGCCGCUCUCGCCGCAGCAUGGUGCAGUCCUCGCCGCAGUCUCAACGUGCUCAGCUUCCCCCACAUGCUGCGUCUCACCCCCGACACACCCACCACCCGCAACACACACAGCACUCGUUGCCUUCCCCUGAUCCCGACAUCCUCUCCGUUUCAAGUUGCCCUGCUCUCUAUCGCAACGAAGACGAGGAGGAGGCCAUCUACUUCUCGGCCGAAAAACAAUGGGAAGUGCCAGACACAGCUUCAGAAUGUGACUCCUUAAAUUCUUCCAUUGGAAGGAAGCAGUCUCCUCCUUCGAGCCUUGAGAUAUACCAAACAUUGUCUCCUCGAAAGACAUCAAGAGAUGAGCUCUCGCUUGAGGGCUCAUCCAGAGGAGAUUCGCCCGUCACUGCAGAUGUCUCUCGGGGUUCUCCUGAUUGUGUAGGCCUGACAGAAACCAAGAGUAUGAUCUUCAGCCCUGCAAGCAAAGUGUACAAUGGCAUCUUGGAGAAAUCCUGUAGCAUGAACCAGCUUUCUAGUGGCAUCUCGGUGUCCAAACCUCGCCACACAUCCUGUUCCUCCACUGGGAACGAGAGCAAACCAGUGCAGGAAGCGCCAAGUGUUGCCAGGAUAAGCAGCAUCCCACAUGACCUGUGUCAUAAUGGAGAGAAAAGCAAAAAGGCAUCCAAAAUUAAAAACCUUUUUAAGAAGAAGUCUAAGUGAACUGACUGACUUGGUGGAAUUCCAUUCAAGUGGCAUCGCUAAACUUUUAUCUCCCACCCUCCACAACCCCCCUGUUUUGUUUUAAUUUUAGGAAUGUAACUCUAUUGGGGCGUUCCAGACUGGAUGCCAUAGUGGAAUGUCCUUAAGGCCAACUGUCUACUGUCUGCUUUAUUUCAACAGCUAGAUAAUGAUCAUCAAUGCAUCCAGCCAGUUCUCACUGAAAAGAAAUCAUUAAGAGAUGAGACAGUUUGCAGUCAUUUCUGCCUAUUUAUUUCUGCUUUGUUACUGGUGAUGUAUAUACGACAUUUUGUUGAAAGCCACCAUGGACUUACAGCUUUAAUGGACUAGUAAGCCAGCAUGGGCUUGCAAACAUUCUUGUUUACCAGAGCAUCUUCUUAUCUUUCCACAGAGCUAUUUACACCCUGAACUAAAUAACUUAAAAGAAAUAAAACUAAUUGCACUACUGUUUUCCAGACUUGGGGGCAGGGAGGGGGCGGGGUGAAUAUCUGCAAGUGACACUGUAUAGCGUUUAUAAAGCAACCAUGGACCAUGGAUAGGGGACUGUUUCCACUUUUAGAUCAAAAUGGGUUUUUAAGUAGUACCUAGAAUUUCUAAUUGACCUGAUUUCUGGAAAUGAAAACCCACGUUUUUCUUAUGGGAAGAUUCUUUCAAUGCAUUUAAUAUUAAAACGUUUUAAGUUCUGCUGUAAAGAUCAUGUUGUUUUGUUUUUCCCAGGGCUUUCACUGUGAUUUACUGCAUUGCAGACUGUAUGAUAAAAUAGAAAUACUUUAAAGAGAGAAGGCUCUUGAUUCCUAUACAAGUGGAAGAGUUGGAACUUGCUUUGAAGGACUUAAAACAUUCACAAGCUUAAACUGAGGUGGGGGGACAUGGGAGUUCAGGCACUUGUUUACAGACUUUGAAUAACUCCAGAGGAUUUACGGUUUGUGAAGAAUUUGUAUUGUGGAAAGGAUAAUAAAUUGGAGA